CAAACUCUCUUCUGAGGAAACGAAACUGAUCAGAGUCUCUCUGUCGUCUGUCUGUGAGAGUGUGAACAACCGUCCAAAUGGCUCAGCAGGGAGUUCUGCUGGACCAGGACCAGUUCUGUUGUUCUGUCUGUCUGGAUCUACUGAAGGAGCCGGUGGUUAUUCCAUGUGGACACAGUUACUGCAGGAGCUGUAUUGAGGGCUGCUGGGAUCAGGAUGAUCUGAAAGGGGUCUAUAGCUGUCCUCAGUGCAGAGAGACCUUCACUCCAAGGCCUAAUCUGAGGAAAAAUAACAUGUUGGCUGAGCUGGUGGAGAAACUGAGGAAGACAGGACUCCAGGCUGCUCCCCCUCCUGUUCUGUGCUAUGCUGGACCUGGAGAUGUGGCGUGUGAUGUCUGCACUGGGACCAGAAAGCAGAAAGCCCUCAUGUCCUGUCUGGCGUGUCUGGCCUCUUACUGUGAGACUCACCUCCAACCUCACUAUGAAUCUCCUGCAUUCAAGAAGCACAAGCUGGUCAAAGCCACGGCACAACUACAGGAGAAGAUCUGCUCUCAUCAUGACAAACUGCUGGAGGUUUACUGUCGUACCGAUCAGCAGUGUAUCUGUUAUCUCUGUACAAUGGAUGAACAUAAAGGCCAUGAUACAGUGUCAGCUGCAGCAGAGAGGACUGAGAAACAGAGGCAGCUGGGGAUGAGUCAGCAGAAGGUCCAGCAGAGAUUCCAGGAGAGAGAGAAGGAGCUGAAGGAGCUCCAACAGGCUGUGGAGUCUUUCAAGCGCUCUGCACAGUCAGCAGUGGAGGACAGUGAUCAGAUCUUUACUGAGCUGAUCCGCUCCAUUGAGAGAAGGAGCUCUGAGGUGAAGGAGCUGAUCAGAGCCCAAGAGAAGGCUCAAGUGAGUCAAGCUGAAGGACUCCUGGAGCAACUGAAGCAGGAGAUAGCUGAGCUGAGGAAGAGAAGCACUGAGCUGGAGCAGCUCUCACACACAGAGGAUCACAUCCAUUUCCUCCAGAGUUAUCAGUCUCUCUCCAGUAUCAGUGUAUCUUCAGACUUACCCAGCAUCGUUGUCCGUCCUCUUCAGUCCUUUGGAGAUGUGAGUAAGACUGUGUCUGAACUGAGAGAGAAACUAGAAGACUUCCUUAAAGGAGAAUGGACCAAGAUCUCCACUACAGUGAAUAUAGUGGAUGUUGUACUGCCUCCAGAGCCCAAGACCAGAGAACAGUUGUUACAAUUAUCAUUGAUCAGCUUGUUGGCUCGGUCCUAAUUGAUGUGUUCUCUGUCACCUGGAGCUGCAUGGAAAAUGGUCCAGGAACUAAAGGACAAUUCAGGACUAGUCAGCCCACUACAAGCUGGUAUCACUUACUUUCUACUAAACUAUAUGGUCUGGUUUCCCAGACACAGAUGAAUCCUAGUCCUGGACUAAACAGUAUGUUCAAUGUAGAUGUCCAGGAAACCGGCCC